AUCGCAGAGGGUGGUAGUAAAAUGAUGAAGAGGAAACAUAGCUGACGCUCUCAGCCACAACAGGGUUGUUGCCAACUGUAAAAAAAUUGAGAGUGGGAUUUCCUCUCAUAUUUUGUCACGUAUAAUGAGUCGAUUACGCCCCUCCACACAGGCUGUACAUGACAAACAAAUGCCGGUGUUAUGUCAUAGUAUAGUGCCUCCUAAAUGUCACAGGAUUUUGGACUUUCUAACUUUUGUGUAAAAAGUUAUUUAUCAUGUACACACAGACACUUCUGUUUCCCUAAAUAGUAAAUUGCAGUUGAUACAGAUUUCACUUUCUCUGUUGUUUGACUCAGUAAAUAAAUGACAGUGGAGAAUUUAUGGGGGAAUUUCUCCAGUGACUGGGGGAGUUUCCAUUACAGAAGAGGUGGAGUCAACGCUGAAGGGGUUUGAUCUGUGAGUACUUGUAGUUAUGAAAAAGUAGCAUCAGUGUGUGGGUAGAGAAGCAAACUUAGUGAUUCUUAUAGUUGUGUAAAUGUGAACUGAAAUUGGAGCAACUUCACGUCCUUCUACUAACAGUGUUUUGUCUGAAAGAGGAGGAGAGAUGAAGUUUCUUGAGCUGGGAGACUCCACCAGUCGCUUCAGGUCUGCUCAGUCCUGGUUGGGAUUAACAGGUUGCCUCUGUGUGUGUUACGCUGUCUGUACACCCUUCUGGCUCAAAGAUAAGGGACUGUGGGCUGAGUGGAAUGACAGCAAAAGUGAUGAGACAAAUAAUGAAGGUGAUACUGUUUUCAGUGUUCUGGAAGCAGAGAGAGUAUUUGGAGUCGUUUCCUUCUUGAUGGCAUUGGCCACUGGUGCUCUGUGCCUGGUGAUCGCCCUCUGCUGGACAUCUGAGACGGUGCGCUCCUACUCCAACACUCGCUCUCUCCUCAUUGCAGGACAGGCUCUCUACCCCACCACCCUGCUGCUGCUCACCAUGGGCUCCACAGGUUUCUUCUUCCUCCUCAGCUGGUCUUUUUUCACCCAUCAGCACCUGGAGGAAAUUCGCCAGGACUUUUCCAGCCUCGGUUCCUCCUACUGGCUGGGGGCUUUAGGCUGGGCUCUACUAUUGGUUGUGGAGACUAUUGUCUUUAUUGCUGAACAAGUGGUUGUGCCAGACAUCUUACCUGACUUAGAGAGGGCAGUGGAGUCAUGGAGGAUAGCUUCUCAACGUGAGAAUGCUAAACGCUCCUACAGCAUGGGCUAUCAACCUGCUGUCUACAAAAGCAAGCUGGCUCUAAAGAGGGUUUUAUCAGCACCAUGAAUGGAGCUCCUAAACAAGAUUAUGAAGGAGAAAAUGAACACACAGAGGCUCCUUUUGGUUAAUUUUGUUUUUGAAAACGACUGAGCAUCUCUGAACCCUGAAGAUAAGUGGGACUGAACUCCCCAACCUCCUACAGGGCUAAUUACAGUUGUCCUCCAGUUUGCUUUCAACAUGAACUGAAAUAAAAAGAAAAAAAAACCAAAAGGUUCAACAAGACUGACUGAAAAACUGGAAACCAAAUGUAAGACUGAGAAGUGCUGAUAAAUAUUUUCUCAGUUUUGCUCCUCAGAAAGGAACAGAUCCAGAGGUGGAGGCUUCAA